AUGUUGCAAAUACCCCCGGAAUUAGUUGACGAAAUAUGCAGCUAUCUCAACUUCAAAGACAUUGUUUCGAUAUGUGGGGCCGAUCCAGACUUCAUUCCCGAGUCCGCUAUGCGACAUGUUUUGCUCCAACAAUGUCCAUGCUAUGAUAUGGAGUACAGUCAAGGCGAUGAUUGGAAGUCGUGUGCGACCGGGUACUUGAAGGUUGAUACCAAUGUGUUUGAACCGACUCUGGGCUGUCCAGUUUUCAUCAAUCAGUCUCUUCCUUCCGAUUUUGACUGUCUCUGUAAAGACAGGGUUCUUAACGGACCGUUUGUUUACAAUGACAGAGGGGUGUUCAUUGGCAACAGGUUUCUGGAUUUUACCGAGUCUCCGGAGACUCCCAGCACCUCUUCUCUGCCUAAAAAAUCUCACGUUUCCAGCUUUCAGGAUGCUGUCAUCUAUGACAAACACAUGAUGAGGGUGCGAGGAAAGAUAAUCACUGAGAAAUGCACGCCAGAAGUCAUGACAGCGGUUUUCAGCAACAAUGAUGGAGAAUUGAUCAUAAAUAUGAAAGAUCUGAGCGCCUCGGAGACUCCUCUUCCCGCUUUCGGAUGUCAUUUGCCCGGAAAGAUGUCCUUCAAGUUACAGGUUGUGGGAAAGACAGCUAUUGUGGCUUUUGUAGGGGGCGAAGCGCGAUAUUCGAGUAUCGUGAGCCCUAAAAAAGCCACGGUCCAAGCUGAGAGAGGUUGUUUAUUGUUGAGAGCUCCAGCCGGGCUCUUGUUUUACGAUGGACAUGUGUUUGAUGUGAUCAUCGACAGUCAUUGGAGACCAAUUGUGCAAAGCUCAAAGUCCACAGAAGUGCUUCCAAAGGAGUGGGAUCUAAGUAGGCAUCAUAGGGUGGAACAAGACAGUAGGUAUCGCCACUAUGCCUUGAUUUAUAAUCACAACGGUUUGGUUACUGCCCUCGUCGACUUGAAGACUCACAGACUGAAACAGUUGACCGACGUCUCGGACAUUGCGCGGGAACACACUUCCCCGAUAGAUGUUUAUCUCACGGUUGUGGGCUUAUCCAACGGUUCUGUUGCUGUGUGGAGGUAUACAAAGCAGUACUUGGAGAACAAGUAUCGACAGCAGCAUGGAGUUGAUAUGAUACCUGAAGAGGCGAACAGUUUGAUUCAAGGAAUAUAG